UUGGAGUUUGCAUGUUUAGGUACAGAAAGCAUUGUGGACCAGAAUAAGGAAGAUGGCAUUACAGCCGAAUCAGGAGGAGAAGUAACACAAGGAGUAGGGGUACAGCUUAAUGUAUCCAGUGCUGGUGAUGUUAUUACUCUACCUGAGGAGCUGCGAGGGAUUGCAUAUAAAGUGGAUGGGCAAGCGUCUAAAUGGCUGUGGACUCAAGGGGAGGAAAAACAGAUGAACAAAGAAGAGGAAAUUGUGGCUAUUCGAGAUUGGUUGCUGCAAAAAGUUGAGGAAGGGUGCCAAAGAGUGGAGAUAUUUACACGCUCCAAAGGGUUAGCUAAAAUCUUGCAUGCCAAGGAGACACUGGGAGUACAAUUGCAGGUGGUCAUGGAGGACAUUUAUGAUAUCUGUACCAUGUUUUAUUCUUGUCAGUUUAAGGAAAUGUCUUAA